UGUAGAAUCAAUAAAAGUGUUUGCGUGAGUCUGAAUUGGGUCCAACAUGUUUAAUAGGAAGUGAAGGAUCAAGACGUUUACUAGAGAGGAUUACAGGAAUAUCAUCCUAAAUGAGAGAUCCAGAGAAGGCGGACGAAGGCGUCAAAAAUGGUGUCGUCUGUAUCGGUCCGAAAGAAGUAAAAGAAGAGGAAGAAAUUGAAGAUGACAAUAUCGUCUGUGAAUCAACACCGAUUGAGACGACACAGACAGAAAUAGAAAUGGUGUCAACACAAGCUUAUGCAGCUGUUAGGUUUGAAGAAGUGCUCAUUGAAGUUAUAAACUCAUCAACACUUAACGUAGACUGGUGUCCACUUCUGAACUGUGAUAACCUGUAUGGAUAUAAAAUACGUUAUUCAAUAAAAGACAACACUUCAUAUAAUGAGGUUUUUGUAACUCCGGGAAUAUCUAACUUCACAAUAACUGGUUUAAAACCAGCAACGGAAUAUGUUGUUUGUGUAAAUGCAAUUGACGAUAAGGAGUCGGUGAUUCAACAAUGUGGACUUGCAACUCAGAAAACUGACGAAUUUGAGGGAAAGUUAUAUCGUUCCACACCUUACAUUACAGUUGUAGUUGCUGCUAUUUUACUCACGACCGCAAUUGUGGUACCGUUAACUAUCCUCAUAACUGCAUAUGAAAGAAGCAAUCACUUUGGUGCCCCAAAUUGUACAGUGAUUGCAGGUGGUAUGCUCUUACUUCUGGCUUUAGUUGUACCAGUUACUUUCCUUUUUCUGAGAAAAUGUGGGCCUUGUUCAACUGACAACAAAAUAACUAUCAUUAAGCAGGAUGUAGAAGAAGACACUGUGACACUGAACUAUGACAAAGAAUACAAAGAAAGUGAUCAAAUAAGCAGAAAUAUGACAAAAUCAAGAUCUCUUCACAACGUCGUACAUCAUUAAAUGCUUUUUUUCCCUCCUGACCUUCUUGGAUUGAAUAAAGAUUUUCCUAUAUGGAUAUGUAUGCCAUAAACGAUUGCUGUAAUUUAGACAAUUUUGAACUCAUGAUUUUCCGGGGGUAAACAGUUAAAGGAUGUAAAAAACAAAGGAAAACAACUUCCCGUGUAAGUCUAAGUUAGCAUUUAACCUGUCACAUAUUUUCUUUUCAAAAGAUAGAUUAUUCUUGUACAAUGCUUUAUUUAGCAGCAAAUAUUAACAAUUCAAAAUAAAGAAAAACAAAUUGACUAGAAAAACGUAAAGCUUUACUGGAUUCCUGUGUAAUGUACAAAUUAGAGACAUACUAUAAGAUUGACGGAAUCAGUUUAAGAUAAUACUACUGUUUACAUGUGUGUGUGUGUGUGUGUGUGUGUGUGUGUGUGUGUGUGUGUGCGUGCGUGCGUGCGUGCGUGCGUGCGUGUGUGUGUGUGUGUGUGUGUGUGUGUUUAUGCUUUUUAAAGACAUGUAUUUGAACCAUUUGUAAUUAUAGCGUUUGAUUCUGACCUUGUGUCUUUAUGGAAAUAAUGUAUAUUACACGUAUUAAAGUAACAUUUGAUAUGACACAUUGGAUAUAUAAUUGCAGACACCAAGGUCAUAUUUCAUAUCAAUUUGUACAGGUUCACCAUGUAAUGCUUUACAUGACAAAUAUGCUUUAAAUCCGUUUUGUAGAUGUAACAUAGUAGUUUCAUACAGUAUGACUUUUAUGUUUUUCCUUAUAUAAGGUUAUAUAUUAACCAAGUGUGACCUAACGGGGCGAAGUCAAUAAUUACCCAAAGAACACGAUUAAUAUAAGCUUUGCAAAGGUACAAAAGGCAAUGUCACAUGCCAAUUAUCAAAGCUCUUGAUUCAUUGUUGUUUUACAAAAUAAGACUUCCGGUCGGCCAAAGGGGCCAGAUUGAAACGAGGCAAGUAUUGACCCUAGGGACAAUUUUGGACGGGGAAUUUAUUGACCCAAGGAGCCAGAUUUAGACGAGGCAAUUAUUGACCCAAGGAGCCAGAUUUAGACGGGGCAAUUAUUAACCCUAGGAGCCAGAUUUAGACGGGGGCAAGUAUUGACACUAGGAGCAAGAUCUAGACGAGGCAAGUAUUGACCCAAGGAGCCAGUUUUACACGAGGCAAUUAUUGACCCUUGGAGCCAGAUUUAGACGGGGCAAGUAUUGAUCCUAGGAGCCAGAUUUAGACGAGGUAAUUAUUGACCCAAGGGACCAGAUUUAGACGGGGCAAGUAUUGACCCUAGGAGCAAUAUCUAAACGAGGCAAGUAUGGACCUUUCCGGUGUUUACAGUUUUAUGUAAAUUGGCUUACUUGUUAUCCAAUCGCUUUACUUGAGAUAAUACAUAGUCACUGGUUGACCUGGUUUGCACAAAAACACGUGGUUAUGUUUGUGAUACUGUUUGUGAGCAGUUUACCUAGCAAUGAAUGAAAAAGGUUUGGCU